GUCGGCUUUUUUCCCCUAACAGGAGCAAUAUUCAUCGAAGUUGCGAAAUCGUUUGGAAAUUUGGUGCCAAUUUACUUGUAGUUUUGUAGAUCGCUUUUGUUGGAAGCUUUGCAUAUUUUUUGUUAGUGGAGAUCAGUAACGGCCUGAAAGCGUACAGAGAGGAGAACCAUCAUGUCCUGGCUACUCGGGCGUCGCAAUACGCCGGCUGACACAGGAGCCUCAAUGGAUCCUGGCGCUGCGGGGGAUAACGUUAAUGUGGGUUCUUCUGGUCGUGGUCCCAGCCAGUCUGGCGAUGAACCUGCCAAAGAUAAGGGCGCGGUGGAUAAGACCUCGUCCAGUUAUCGAUUUGAUUCUGCGGCUUUGGAGAGAGCUGCGCGAGCAGCGCGCGAGCUGGAAUCCUCCAAAAAUGCGAAGGAAGCAUUGGAGAUAACGAAACUCCAUGAGCAGACACAGCAGAUGGAACACCAGAAAGCUAUUAAGGAAUACGAGGCCCAUACAGAGCAAAUUCGCUUGGAACAAAUCCGUUCUCAACAUGACGAAAAAAGGAAAACAUUAGCGGAGGAAACAAAGCAGGCUCAACAGCGGGCUCAGUAUCAGGACCAACUAGCGAGGAAAAGGUACGAUGACCAGCUGGCUCAACAGCAACGCGUUAAUGAAGACAAUCUGAGAAAGCAGGAGGAAUCAGUGCGAAAACAGGAAGCGAUGAAACGAGAAACGAUUGAACAUGAAUUAAAAAUGCGUGAAACACACGACCUGAAGCGCAUAGAAGCAGAAGCGCGCGCCAAAGCAAAAGCCGACAGGGAAAAUCGUGAUUUAAUUUUGGAGAAAAUCCGUGUUGAAUCAGCAGAAAAGCGUACCACGACAUUAGAAUCGAUCAAGACCGCCGGUACCAUAUUGGGUGCUGGAUUAUCGGCAUUUAUUAACGACUGGGAUAAAGUGACUGCGGCCGCCGGAGGACUGACGUUGUUGGCACUUGGUGUUUACUCUGCUAAAAUGGGCACCGGUGUGGCAGCUCGAUAUGUGGAGUCCCGGUUGGGAAAACCGUCGUUAGUACGAGAAACGUCGCGCCUGAAUGUUUUUGAUACUAUCAAGCAUCCCUUCAAGAACUUCCGUCGCUUGUGGAGCAAACCAUCCGAUGCUUUGGCUGGAGUCGUUUUAAAGCCCGAUUUAGAAUCUCGAUUACGAGAUGUGGCAAUAACAACGAGGCAUACGAAGAAAAAUAACGGUUUUUACCGCAAUCUCCUUAUGUACGGCCCGCCUGGUACCGGGAAGACUUUAUUUGCUAAGAAACUUGCCUUUCAUUCCGGGAUGGAUUUUGCCAUUAUGACCGGCGGCGAUGUGGCUCCUAUGGGACGUGCGGGAGUGACCGCCAUGCACAAAGUAUUUGACUGGGCAUCCACAAGUAGAAAAGGAUUAUUACUAUUCGUUGACGAAGCGGAUGCUUUUCUUCGGAAAAGAAGCUCGGAGAUUAUUAGUGAAGACCUACGCGCUGUGAUCAACGCCUUCCUAUACAGGACUGGUGAUCAGUCUAGCAAGUUUAUGCUCGUGCUAGCCAGUAAUCAGCCUGAGCAGCUCGAUUGGGCUAUAAAUGAUCGUUUGGAUGAGAUGGUUGAAUUCGACCUGCCUGGUCGGGAAGAACGUGAACGCAUGGUACGACUGUACUUUGAUGAGUUUGUACUGAAACCGGCUUCCCAAGGAGGCUUCAAACGGCUGAAAGUGGACCAAUUUGACUAUGGAAAAAAGUGUAGUGAUAUUGCUGCCAAAACAGUGGGUCUGUCUGGAAGAGAAAUCGCCAAAUUGGCUGUAUCGUGGCAGGCUAGCGCAUAUGCGUCGGAAAACGGAGUCUUAACGGAAAAGAUGGUGGAUGCUCGUGUGGAUGAUGUAAUUAAGCAACAUAAGCAGAAGGUGACAUGGCGCGAAGAAGACGAGAGGAAGUACCGUAGAAUUUCCGGUGAUACUGAAACAUCUGUUCGAGCUGUGCAGGAAAGCACUGCCAGCGAACGGUAAUCGAUUAACGAAUUUGUUAAUUCGUGCAUCCAAUGUUUGUCGGUGGUUGGAUAAUAUUUGUGUGCAAGUUUAUCCUUACAGUAUCAAUGAAGCGUGCUGAGAUGUUAUUGUUUUUCGCUUUUACUGAACGUUGGUUCAAAAGUUUUUGAUCUUUUAACGUGACUUGGCUUAUUUGCAAACAAUACUUCGGUAUCGAACCGAAUCGUCCAUUCGCCAUAUUGACGAUUAGGAAGUUCAUAAGUUAACUCCCAGUUUAAAAAUAUUU